AUGAUUCGUCAUCCUGGGACAUCUAUUUUUUGUUUACUUUAUUUCCUCAUUGGGUCCAGCGAGAGUGCUUUCAGAAAAUUUGAAUAUUUAAAGACGACUAUUCCUGUAGGUGCAAUCUUCCCACCGAAUACAGUUACGGAAGUGGCCUUUGCGUCAGCGCUUACACGGGCGUCAAUGGAGAGUAAACGCUACCAUUAUACCAUGAAAGUCAUUUAUACCCCAUACGGAGACAGCUUUGCAGCUUCACGAGCUGCAUGCGAUCUUUUAGCCAGCGGCGUUGUAGCUAUAGUUGGACCAACUGAUGCAAAUUCCGCUGCGAUAGUUGAAGCGCGCUGUAGGGCAGCUAGAGUUCCUCAUAUACAAGCCGUAUGGCGGCCGCCUCCUGUUCGAGGGCUAAAGCGAUUUUCGCCACCUGGAAUCAAUUUGUUUCCUGAAGCCGUCUCGCUUUCGAAAGCAGUCGCUUUAUAUAUCAAAAACAACGGAUGGAAUUCAUACACGCUGCUUUACGACGACGAUCACGGUUUGAUAAGGCUUCAAGAGAUACUAAAACAUGCUGACCCUGAACAUAAAUGGCUAGUUCGAAGAUUGACACCCGGGGAAGAUAAUAGACCUCUAUUGAAAGCAAUUAAAUCUACUGGAGCUACCAGACUUAUUAUUGACUGUCCCGCAGAUAGAGUGCUUGAAUAUUUACGUCAAGCAAGUGAAGUUAAAUUUUUCGAAGACUAUGUCAGUUACGUUCUGAUGUCACUGGACGCUCAUACUUUGGAUCUAGAAGAACUACGAUUCGGUUUGUCAAAUGUAACUUGUUUAAGAAUUUUCGAUCACUCUAAUUCAAUAACACAAUCUUAUUUGGCCGAUUGGAAAGCUCGAGCUUCUCCUGAUGUUCAAAUUCCUAGAACAACUCAAGAAAUUACCGUUGAAGCGGCUUUGGCCAGUGAUGCUGCGAGACUAAUUACCGAUGCUAUUGAAAGAGCUCCAGAGGGAUUCAAAAUAGAACCUCAAACACUUGAGUGUAAUUCUGAUAUUAAAUGGGAAAUUGGAGAAGAAUUUUUAAACGAUUUGUUAACGAACCCAAUAUUUGGUAUAACAGAUCAAAUUGUACUAGAUAACGUUACGGGUGAGCGUAAUUUCUUCAAUGUCGAAGUGAUGGAACUUUCUAAUAAUGGAUUUAAUAGCAUUGCGAAAUGGAAUCCGGAGACGGGCUUUACAUAUGCUCGAACAGCCGUCGAAGUCUCAGACCUGUUAGCUGAAAAAUGGCAAAACAAAACCUUUAGAGUAGUUUCUCGAAUUGGUGCUCCAUAUUUAGUAGAAAGGGUGCCAAAAGAUGGUGAAGAAUUAACUGGGAACGACAGAUAUGAAGGGUACUCGAAAGACUUGAUUCACGAAAUUUUAGCAGAAACCUUACACCUCAACUAUGAAAUCGUCAUAGUCCCGGGAAAUCUUUACGGAUCUUAUAACAAAGAUACUAAAACAUGGGACGGUCUCAUUGGAUAUCUUUUGGAAAGGAAAGCGGACUUAGCUAUAUGUGAUCUUACAAUAACGUAUGAACGUCGAUCUUCAGUAGAUUUCACAACUCCUUUUAUGACUUUGGGUAUAAGUAUACUCUAUUCGAAACCAACUCCCCCUCCACCUGAAUUAUUCUCGUUUCUAAAGCCAUUCUCUGUUGACGUGUGGAUUUAUAUGGCUGCGGCUUAUUUAAUGGUCUCUUUAUUGCUACACAUACUUGCUAGAUUGGCUCCAAAAGAUUGGGAGAAUCCCCACCCAUGUGACAAAUCACCGGAGGAAUUAGAAAAUAUUUGGCAUAUUAAAAACUCAUGUUGGCUAACUGUUGGUUCCAUAAUGACACAAGGAUCUGAUAUCCUGCCAAAGGGAUACUCUACGCGAUGGGUAUGUGGUAUGUGGUGGUUUUUCGCAUUGAUUAUGUGCUCUUCGUACACUGCUAACUUAGCUGCUUUCCUAACGAAUGCAGCUAUGGAUGACUCUAUUAAAAGUGCUGAAGAUUUAGCAAUGCAAACUAAAAUUAAAUACGGCACAGUCAAAGGUGGAUCAACUUUUUCAUUUUUCAAGCGUUCCAAUGUCUCGACUUAUCAAAGAAUGUGGGGAGCUAUGGAAUCAGCACGACCAUCAGUUUUUGUUAAAAACAACGAUGAAGGAGUAGAAAGAGUGCUUAAGAGUAAAAAAAAAUACGCCUUUCUCAUGGAAUCUACUGCCAUUGAGUACCAGUUGGAGCGACACUGUGAUCUCAUGCAAGUCGGUUCUACACUUGAUUCAAAAGGAUAUGGAAUAGCGAUGCCAUUUUUUUCUUCAUAUCGGACAGCUGUUGAUAAUGCGGUAUUAAAGUUAGCUGAAAGUGGGAAAUUAGUUGAACUAAAAAAUCGUUGGUGGAAAGUUCCCAAAGAAAAAGCUUGUGUAGAAGAGGAAGCGGGCGAAGAAGGAGCAAGUGCUGAAGAAUUGGGCGUAGAUAAUGUUGGUGGUGUUUUUGUGGUUCUGGGUAUCGGGUGUGGAAUGGCUGCGGCCAUGGGAGCUUUUGAGUUCCUUUGGCAUGUGAGAGAAGUUGCCAUUGAACAAAAGAUGACACAAACGGAUGCAUUCUGGGCCGAACUGACAUUUGCCUUAAGUUUUUGGGAAACGGAAAAACCAGUCGUACAUUCAAGACCCUCUUCAUCCGCAUCAGGAUCUAUCGCCUCAAGAGCAUCAUCAGUUCUACGCUCUGCCGUUGACUUGUUCCACCUCGACGUUUUCAAA